AGGGCUGCCGAGAGAGUCCUACCCACCAGUGACUGAUCUGUGUGCUCACAAGUCUCCCUGGAGUCCCCAGCAGAACAUACCAGGGACUGACAUAAGCAGCGGCUUCCUGUGUAUACUGGUGCACAGAAAAAGGAAGAAGCCUGAGAUGUAAUCAGGAUGUGGGUGCAUUACAGUCGUCCAGCCCCAGCAGCACAGCCAUGAACCCGGAGGAGCAGACUGUCACCUGGCUCAUCUCUCUGGGGGUCCUCAACUCCCCCAAGAAGAACAUCUGUGACCCAGAGGACUUCCUAAAGUGCUCCCUCAAAGAUGGGGUGGUGCUGUGCAAGCUGAUGAACCGGCUGCUCCCGGGCUCUGUGGACAAGUUUGUUGUAGAACCAAAGAGUGAAGCCGACUGCCUUGAAAACAUCCGUGAGUUCCUCAAAGCAUGUAGCUCUCUCCGUGUCGAGCUAUUCGAGGCUCAAGACCUUUAUGCUGGUGAGAACUUUUCUAAGAUAUUGAACACACUUACUGCUGUCAACAGAGCCACUGAAGAAGAGACGUUGAAGAGGCCAUGUUCUCGGACAUCUUCACGGUCGCAUAGCUUCACAGCAUCCUCCCAGUUAAACACGCAGGGAACAGAUAGUUCAGCAAGAGUACUACGGAGGCAAUCAAAACCUAUGGACAUGACAGGAAAUGUCAGCGUUCAGUUAAUUGUGAAAGCAAAGUUUAAUUUCAAGCAGCAGAAUGAAGAUGAAUUGUCAUUUUCCAAAGGUGACACUAUCCAUGUUACCAAAAUGGUAGAUGGUGGCUGGUGGGAAGGAACUUUUAAUGGCAAAUCGGGCUGGUUCCCCAGUAACUAUGUCAAAGAAUGCAAGUCUAAUGAUAAACCACUGUCCCCGAAGGGACUGAAAGGUUGUGACAGCGCUCAGCUAACCAAAAACUAUUACACGGCGGUCUUGCAAAAUAUUCUGGAAACCGAGCGAAGCUAUGCGAAAGAACUUCAGUUGCUGCUCACAACUUACCUCAGGCCUCUUCAGACAUACGACAAGUUAAGUGCUGGAGAUGUCACGUCAUUGCUAGGGAAUUUUGAGGAAAUCUGCACAUUUCAGCAAACGCUAUGUCAGACAUUAGAGGAAUGUGCAAAGUUGCCAGAAAAUCAUCAAAAUGUUGGAGGUUGUUUUCUGACACUUUUUAAUCAGUUUAAGUCUUUAUAUUUGACAUACUGUGCAAAUCACCCAAUAGCUGUCAACAUCCUCACUCAGCACAGUGAUGAACUGGAGAAGUUCAUGGAGGGGCAAGGAGCCACUAACCCAGGAAUUCUGGUGCUGACCACAAGCCUCAGCAAACCUUUCAUGAGGCUGGAGAAAUAUGUCACUCUCCUUCAAGAACUGGAAAGACACAUGGAGGAAGCUCAUCCAGAUCAUAAAGAUGUUCUGCGAGUUACUGCCUCCUUCAAGGCUCUUGUGGCACAGUGUCAGGACUUGCGGAAGAGGAAGCAGCUGGAGCUACAGAUCCUUUCUGAGCCAAUCCAGUGUUGGGAAGGAGAAGACAUUAAGACAUUAGGAAGUGUUGUGUAUAUGUCACAGGUUAUGGUACAAUGUGGAGCAAGUGAGGAAAAAGAAGAACGGUAUUUUAUGUUGUUUUCAAAUGCACUUGUAAUGCUGUCUGCCAGUCCACGGAUGAGCGGCUUCAUUUAUCAGGGGAAAUUACCACUAACUGGCAUGUCGGUGAUUAAGCUGGAGGAAACUGAUUCAUGCAGUAAUGCAUUUGAGAUUUCAGGUAAUAUUAUAGAACGCUUUGUAGUCUACUGCACUACUGCUCAGGACUGCCAGGAGUGGCUUGAACAUUUGUGCAGGCUGACCAAGUCUCCUGGUACACAUGCCUCUUUGUGUAAGGCACCAUCUUGGCCAAGUCACACACUAACCGAUAGAAAGAACCCUCCUCCUUCUCACCACCCCAUUUCGCCACUUCCUCGUGGCCCCCUGGAACCUCCAAAAAUCUACAAAACCUGGACUCUGAGUUGUCUCAGGCCAGCUCCCCCACUCAGACCUUCUGCUGCACUUGGCUAUAAAGAGAGGAUGUCUUAUAUCUUAAAGGAGUCCAGCAAAAGCCCCAAAAAUGUCAAGAAAUUCCUUCCCAAGAGAAAACCUGAAAGAAAAGCUUCUGACGAGGAUUCUGCCUUUAGGAGAAGCACUGUAGCACUGGAAGAAGAUGCCCAGAUCCUCAAAGUGAUUGAAGCCUAUUGCACAGGGGCCGGCUUUCAGCAAAGCCUUAGUUCUGGUUCCCGCAAGGAUUCUGUUCCGCAGGUCAUGCUACUGGAGGAUGAAAGUCUGAUCAUUGAUGACAUGCGGAGCAAUGGACAGACAGCUCCUGAAGAAAAGAGUCUUGUAGACACAGUCUACGCCUUACGAGAUGAAGUCAAGGAAUUAAAACAGGAGAACAAAAGGAUGAAGCAAAGUUUGGAUGAAGAACAAAAGUCAAGAAAGGAAUUGGAAAAGUUGGUUCGCAAAAUGUUGAAACAAGCUAGUGAGACAGCACGUGACGACCCCUCGCACUAGUUCCCACAUGUCAGCAGACUCAUCCAGGACACUUACUGUAAGGACUUCCUGUAAAGAACUUUUGGAGAACACAGAAUGAGUAUACCCUUCUCAGCAUAUGAGGGUCACAGUGAGGGUUAGAAGGAACAGAUACAUACAUGGCUGGAAUCUAUUUGAACUUCCUCUAUGGCUCUGUCUACCAUCAUCACACUAGAGGCAGCCAUUAUGUAGAGUAAAAGUUUAUGUGGCCCCUUUUUAAACAGGCAGUCUGUGUGCCCCUACUUUGUAAAAGUUCCUCAGACGGAGGGAUCACGGUGACAUUGGCCUGUACAGUCACAUCUCAUCCAUGAGUUUGAUCAUAUGUAAACAAGUGCAAACUCCAUGAGACUUCCAAGGAGUAUAUUACAAAGUAGGCGCCCGGACAGUGCUUGGUUCAAUAAACCUUAUUUAUAGUCAACCGGUACAAAUUGUCUGUAGCGACAACAAUGAGAUAAAAAUGAAAAAUGGACUGAUAGCUGGACUAUUUGAUUAGUUAUAUUUGUAUACGAACAGUCGCACUAUAAAUGGAAUACUCAGCCCUGGUUGGAGUACCGCACUAGGAGUUGUUCAGAAAGGGCAGACCGACUAUAGGCUUCGUCUCAUCAGCAUUGUGAGACUCUACCUUCUUUAAAGAUAAGUAUAAUCUAAUCAAUGGCAAAAGAUAGUGAAAGGAAUCGUCCUAUAUAAGCAGCAGUAAAGAUAGACAGCGGAGACGCAACAUGAUCCAGUGGUGAUUGUCACAAUGUUCUCCGGCACGCAGUACAACCAGUUGAAUGGAAAGCAAUUGUCCAGCAUGUUUAACAUAUUCACAUAGACACGUGAUGUUACCCUGUCCUAAUGCACAAUAGGCACGCUAUAGAGUACUCAGGGUGGGUGGAGGGUCCGGCCACUGUGAGGAUGGGAUUCAUGUCACUUUGGGGGUAUACUUUUUAAUUGCCUUCUCUUCCUAUAUUGAAAGCACUUCAAAACCUGUUUGGUUAUUUAUAUCAUAUGUGAAUGGGUGUUCAGAACCCAAAAAUUACCCCCAUGACUUUAUAAUGAACAUAAUGGAUCUCACCAAUAAAAUCUGGGGGUGCUGCCCAUGAUACACAGCAAGGCCCCCUAGGUUUAGGUGUGAUCACAGGGCGUGUUUUUAUCUAUCUAUCUAUCGAUCCAGCUCUUGUUCCCUCUUUUACUUUUUUACUAAGUUACCUAUUUUUACACAAUUUUAGGACUUCCAGCAAUAGUUAUGACACAUAUUUGCCACCAAUUAGCAGAGCGUUUGGUAACCAUGCUGAAACCAAGUACAUUUUUGUUAUUUUUGGGAGUACUAUAGUGUAAAUGGCUUCUUUAAAACUUUGACAAUGCCCUUUAAAGGGGGUUGUGCAGAAGUAGAAAAACAAAGCGCCACACUUGUCUGUGGUUUGGAUCUGGUAUUGCAGCUGAUCUCUAUUGAAGUGAAUGGGUCUGAGCUUCAGUACUAUAUGCAUAGUUGGCAGAAUAAGGCUACUUUCGCACUAGCGUUCGAUCGGAUCCGUUCUGAACGGAUCCGAUCAUAUUAAUGCAGACGGAGGCUCCGUUCAGAAUGGAUCCGUCUGCAUUAAAUUGGCAAAAAAAAGUUAA